UAAAAAUUGAACUUAAUUAAGUUACUAUACUUAUAUUAUUAAUGUAGAUAUUAAUCAUAUUUUUGUAAACAAUCUUUACUUUAGUCAUAAAUACAUACUUAUUUCUGGUCUUAGAAAGUACUUUAAAAUCUCUACAAAAGUUGUAAAUUCCAAAGCAUAGUAUAAUUAAAAAUUGACGUCUUAAUUAUAUGAAUAAAAUCAAACUAUUUAUCCAAAAAAAAGUUGAUCUUGCAAAAGUUAAUUAAAAAAACUGAUAAAUAUUUCUGACGCAUAACGUGUAAGCUUGUAGGUGAUCUGAUCGAGAGAAUUGAACAAGGCGGACGGCAAUCAAUAAAGAGAAAAUGGUGAAGAAUUGUAAAUACGAGCAUCACACUUCUAACAUGAUCCCUCCUCUCAUCAUAAUCUUUCAUCUUCUCCAAGGAGUGGUUCAAUCCUCUGAUCUGGGAGCGGACAGAAAAGCCCUGCUGAACUUUGCUCAGAACAUCGCCCUUCCCGGAACUGAUGGGGUGGAGCGCGAAGGUCCCAAUUUGCACGUCGUGGGUCGGUGUGAAUUGCAGCAGCAGUUCAGAUGGAAGCCGCCGUCUGCGGCGGCGAGUAGUCGGAGUGAAUCUGGGCGGUUUCGGGAUCCGCGGCGCAAUACCCGAGAAGACGAUCGGAAGACUGGACGCUCUGGAAGCUCUGUUCCUGGAGAAUAACUGCCUCACCGGAGCUAUACCGGCGGACCUCACCAUCGGAAACCUCCCAAACCUGAAGCGCUUGAAUCUGAGCAACAACCGCCUCAAUGGCUCUAUUCCGCCAUCUCUCAUCAGUCGAUUUCCUCCUCCAUCAUUUGGAAAUUAUGAUAAAUCUUUGCAAUGUGGACCUCCCCUGAAUCACCAUCAUUCCUCUCCUCUGCUACUGCAUCCCAAUCCCGAAAAACAGCCACUGAUUCCCGGCCUUUCAGUGGACCACCACUUCGCAGUUUCCAGAAGGCUUUCAGAAAGAGAAAAAUCCAAGUUGAAAAACGGGAUUAUCAUUCUCUGUAGUGUUGUUGGUGGACUUGCUCUGCUUUCAGCGAUUUGCUGUUGUAUUCGUCAGCGGUGGUGUAAACCUACUCCUCCUGCUAGCAAUCGUCAAUAAAUUAAGUUAUCCCUCAAUUUCAAUAACUAUUGAGUAAUAAAUUAAACCAACGACGACGUUGCGAUCCUAAGUGGGGGGAUUGUAACACUUGAGAUUUAAUAUAAAUGGAUUAAUAGUACUCAUACUAACAAGAUGCAUCUCCUUUUAAGGGAACUCAUCCGUUAAGAACUCCAAAGUUAAGCCUGCUUGCAUAGGAGUAGUCUUGGGAUGAGUGACUCCCUGGGAAGUUUCUCAGGGCGUGCACGAGUGAGGACAAAGUGCGCGGAAAAGACUAGUGGCGAUUUGUGAGAACAGUAUUAGAGGUCCCGAGUAACUACCUCGGGUCCUGGGGGGCCGGGGUGUUACAGAAUAUUUCUCUAGUCAAACUCACUUCUUCUCCAAUUCUCCUUUGCUUUUUAUAGUCUG